AUGGCGGAGGACAGGGGCGCGAAGCGAGCCGUUGAACCCAACACGGGGGGAAAUGACUCUCAGGGCAGUGCGAUGAUCGUCGUCACCGUCAAAACUCCGAAAGACAAAGAAGAGAUUGCAAUUUCCGGAGACUGCUCUGUCGUCCAGUUUAAACAAGCGAUAUCCAAGAGGUUCAAGGCCAAGCAGGAGCAGUUGGUGCUUAUAUUUGCUGGAAAGAUACUGAAGGAUGGAGAUACUCUGAAUCAGCAUGGCAUCAAAGAUGGUUUCACUGUUCAUCUUGUCAUCAAGACUGCUCCAAAAUCCACAGGAGGUGGCACAUCUCAGACAUCAAAUUCCAGCUCUGUAUCACCUCAAGCCAACAGCAGCAGUACAAACCCAAUAGCAGCAGCCAGCACAGGAGAAGGCACACGGCAAAUUCCGGCACAGCCUGUGAACACAUUGCGGGGGCUUGGCAACCUGCCUGCCGUGUCGGGCCUGAGCGUUGGCUCAUCCGGCCUCAUGGAAAUGCAGCAGCAGAUGCAGAGACAGUUGAUGUCCGACCCGGAGAUGCUGUCUCAAAUUAUGGAGAGCCCGCUGGUCCAGAAUAUGUUGUCCAACACGGACCUGAUGAGACAGAUGUUUGUGGCAAACCCCCAGAUGCAGCAGCUCAUGGAGCGCAAUCCCGAGAUCUCCCAUGUGCUGAACAAUCCCGAGCUGAUGAGACAGACCAUGGAGUUGACGAGAAACCCGGCCAUGAUGCAAGAGAUGAUGCGUAACCAGGAUCGGGCACUUAGUAACUUAGAAAGCAUCCCGGGAGGUUACAACGCUCUCCGGAGGAUGUACACAGACAUCCAGGAGCCCAUGUUUAGCGCCGCAAGGGAACAGUUUGGAAGCAACCCCUUCUCUGCAUUGGGGAGUAACACAGACAGCUCUAGAGCUCAGCCAUCCAGAACAGAGAAUAGAGAGCCUCUACCAAACCCUUGGGGACCUCCUGCAACAUCGGUGUCAGGAAAUCGAGGGACAGGCACCUCAACAUCAUCAACAAGGAGCAUCAUCCCCAACACCUCCAACCCUGUGGGAAUCGGUGUCCUGAACCAAGGCAAUGGUACAGGUAUGUUCACUAGCCCCAGGAUGCAGAGUGUGAUGCAGCGGCUUACAGACAAUCCACAGCUGUUGCAGAACAUGCUGUCAGCACCGUACAUGCGCAGCGUCACACAGUCGAUGGCACAGAAUCCAGAUGUGGCCUCUCAGGUGUUGUUAAACAACCCCCUCUUUGUGGGUAACGCUCAGUUACAGGAACAGAUGAGGACUCAGCUUCCACACUUCAUGCAGCAGAUGCAGAAUCCUGAAGCCUUGUCUGUACUGACCAACCCCAGAGCCAUGCAGGCGCUCAUACAGAUUCACCAGGGCCUGCAGACCCUGCUGACUGAGGCACCAGGACUCAUGCAAGGCUUGACUCCUGGAGGCCUUCCAGUUAUUCCGCCCACCAUGGGGGGCAGUGUACCUCCAGAGAACCUCCCUACCUCAGCACCAGGAUCUAACCCUGCUUCUUCCUCCAGCCCCUCCCAGCAGCAGCAGCAGCUCUUGCAGCAGAUGUUACAGUUGUUUGCAGGUGGAGGGGCAUUGUCUCAGACCCCAGAGGUUCGGUUCCAGCAGCAAAUGGACCAGCUCAACGCCAUGGGCUUCAUCAACCAGGAGGCCAAUCUACAGGCACUGAUCGCCACAGGAGGAGAUAUCAACGCUGCCAUCGAGAGACUGCUGGGCUCUCAGCCUUCCUAACUCCCUAGGUCUCUCUGUUUCACCAUGGGAGUGAAAAGAAAAGAUGGAAAAGAGACAAAUGAGAGGGAGUCUGGGGGUGAGACUUUUAAGGGUUGAGGUCUGGAAGUGGGAGUUUCCAGAAAAUUCUUUUAACAAACAGCAGUCCUCAAUCACACGAAUCAGCACGUGACCCUGAGAUAGACUUCAUGGAAUUCCAGGUAAUUAUCUCUUUCGCUGACAACUGUGGUAAAGCCUAACAGCGAGGCUGGUAAAUCGUAAAUUAAGAGGGACGAUUUACGGAUUCCAGUUGCUAGCACAAAAGGCCGCGUGCUCGUACUUAUGGAUGACAACCUUGCUCUGAAAUGAUGCCACAACCGCCGCUUCACUCCUGCCAAUGCAAAUAGAGAUUAUUUCUGAAGUGAGAAGUGCUCAUUCACUGGACUUCUGCAUGAGGGUACCCAGAAACUAACCUGUGUUCUUAACAGAUCAUUUUUAGGUGGCAACGGGAAGUCACGACUUUGAACCAAAACAUUGUUGCUGUUGGUUUGUAGGUCUCUUUCAAUUUUUUUUCUGUCUAGCAAUCCAGCUUAUUUUAUUGUGGUUUUCACCUCUUUCUGACUGAUUAUUUAUUGCAAGAUAGUUACUUACUCUCUGUUCAUACUUUUCUUCACCCCCUCACCUGAAGGUUGUGGCUUUUUCCACCCAAAUCUGAGUUGAUCCAUGGUGAUAUUGGAAUCUCUUCUUUUGGUACUUACGUGGCUGCCCGUGCAGCUGUUUUUUUUGUUUGUUUUUUUUGUUUUUUUAAGAAGUGAUAAGGUUCAGUUUGGAAGACAAGCUACUCCAUCAACCCUACAACAGUGCAGAGGAUAUCAGCGCUGUCCUAAAGGUCCUGUGCUUAUGGCUGCCGUUGAUUGACAGGGAAAUGUUAAGAGAUGUUGGUGAUUACAGUUGAAAAGAAGAAUCAGUUACAUUAACUAUGAUGUAUAUUAUGAUACAAGAGUUAUAGUGCCUAAAAUAAUGCAUUGGGUACAGCAAUAUAUUCCAAAAUUAUUUGUGAUGUCUGUAGUGAAGAAGUGUGUUCUAGUGGUACUGGUUUGUUCUUCCUUAAACCCAUGUCAUGUUGUCUUGUUUUGGUUUGGUUUUUGGCCAUAUCUGUCUAUAAAAACAGUGCCCCCCAAUGUUCUUGGACUCCAUUCACUCAGUCCACUCUUCUUAAUGCGUUUAAAAAGCCUUAAAUCAGAGCCAGCAGUUUAUUAUGUCUGUUACAAUAGGAGGUAGUGUUUUGAUUUUCAUUCUCUUGGCGGUUAUGUCGGGGUCCUGCUGUUCUCUGAAACUUUAACAUGAGUUUUCAUGCAGGACUACGUCAUCCGGCCUCAUCCGAAAGCUUUAUUAUGAGCUUUUGAGUCAAUCAGUGUAUUAAAAGUGUAAUGAUAUAAAAUCCAUUUAUCCACCCUUAAUACCCUGCAAUCAUCUAUCCAUCCAUUAUUCCCGUUCAUCAGUCGACCCAUCCAUCCAUUAUUUAUAUCAUUGAUCCAUCCGUUUUCUGUGCCAUCCAUCCAUCCAUCUACCGUUCACCCAUCAGCCAGCCAUCCAUCCAUCUACCGUUCACCCAUCAGCCAUUCAUUCAUCCAUCAUCUAUAACUGCUCAACCCAAUUCCCAGCAUGCAUGGGGCGGCAAGAAACUGGAGGUCUGUGGUGUAAAUUAAAAAAAAAUCUCUAAAUAUUUAGUUAUGAGAAUAAUUAA